GUGCGGCCUAAGAAAUUGCUUUUGGGGAACAUUCACAACGGUUGGACCAACUUCCGUACCAAGUAACCCGGACAGACCAAUAUGGCGGCGUUCAGAACAGGGAUUGUUUGUGUUGGUUUGAGAAACUGCGCUUUGAAUUUGAUGAAAUUCAGCGUUUCCUUGAUACCCCGACGAGUAGUCAAAUUGCCUGCUGCAAUAAGGAAGAACUGGUUCUCCCUAACUGCUGUCUCUGGCGGUCUGUGCGCGGUGCCAUUCGCCGUGAGACAAGAAGGCCUGUCUCACGAGUCGCUAAUCCGUCGGGCCUCGUCACUGGUCACAGACAGCACAAACACCUUCCUCUCUCAGACCACCCUAGCCCUAGUGGAUUCCUGGACACAGUAUAUCAAGGCCAUAAAUACAAUCGUGACCCUACAUAGAAACUAUGUGUCAUCAGCCAGCAGACUAACCCCAGCAGAAGAGGAGGCAGUCUGGCAAGUGAUUAUUCGCCAACGUGAGGAAAUAAAGGGCCUAAGGGAGGACUGUAAGAAGUUUGAGUCAAACUGGAUGAUGGCCAAAGGUCUCUCAGAGCUGGCAGCUGAAACGGCAUUCAACGCAGGUGCCGACCAGGCAUGUGUGACGGCAAAAGGCAGUCUCCAGGUAGCCAUGGCUCAUGUUGAGCAGACCAGACAGCUUUCUCUGGAAGCGGAGAACAACUUAAAGGAAUCCAACGCAGACAACAGCCAAAGGGUCACAUUGCCUGCUGCCAUGGAAACUGGAGAGGACGAUGAUAUCCCAGAUGCUUAUUUGCGAGAAGACUAGUGUGUGUUGUAUUUGUCCCCUUGCCUCUUCUAUAAGCCCUCUCCUUCUGUCAAUCUAAGGAUGGAUAAGGGUCCUGUCUUUCUGGAAGUCUGAUAAAAACCUAGAAGAAUGACAAUGUGGAGAAGAACUAGAUCUAACGGAGUCAUGGUAAUCAAUGUAGCGCUUACACUGCAAAAUAAAUGUUCCUGUUUUUGGUUAUGUGAAUUCCAGGUGAUAAGUGCAAUUUAAAAUGUCAGCUUUAAUGCUGUGUUUGGGAGAUUAUUGGGUGAAAGUGAUUUUUUUUUAUAAAUAUAUAUAUAUAUAUACAAAGGGUUACAUCUAAACUCAAAGAUUAUGACUCCAGGAAGGUAUUACAAUCUGUAAAGUGUUUUAUAUGCAUUUUUCACUUAUGUAGUGACAACAUUUUAGUAUAAUGGUAUUGUACUCAAGGUCCUGAUUGUGAAGGCCCUAUUUUGCGCCAGCUUAUAUCAGAAUAUCUUGAGGAAUUUUAAACUGUUUAGAAUAAAUUCUUUAUUCAUGUU